AUGAGCAUGCUGGCGUUCCUGGCUGCCGCGGGGUUUGCCGCGGUGCUGCUGCCGCCGAUCCGGGGCUCAGCGUGUCCCCCGUCGUGCAGCUGCGAGCCCCUGCGCGGGUGGAAGGGGCUGCACGUGGAUUGCAGCUCCCGGGGGCUGCGGGCUCUGCCCGCCCUGCCCCGCAACACCCGCAGCCUGGACCUCCGCAACAACAGCCUGAGCCGCGUCCCCGCGGGGCUCCUGGACAGCCUGCCCGGCCUGCAGAGCGUGGACAUGGCCGGGAACCCCUGGCACUGCGACUGCCACCUCCUGCACAUGAAGCUGUGGCUGCAGGACCUGCCCGCGCCCUCCUUGCACAGUGUCAGGUGUGCCAGCCCGGCCCCCCUCAGCAUGAGAGCCCUGGCAGAGCUCACCGGGAACGAGCUGGGGAUGUGCAAGAGGCUCCUCCCGGUCAGGUGCCUGGAGUUCUUCUGGCGAGACCUCAUUUUACUGGCAGGAGCGAUAAUUACACUUCUUUUAGCAGCGUGGGCUCUGAAAUUCUCCAAGAAGCUCGUCUGCCAACUCAACCUCAGCCGGUACUGCCUGCUGAGGAGACACACCCCCAAAAACCACAAGGCACACUGAGCUGGGCACUGCCACAGCUGGAACAGAAACAUCCAGCUCCUCUGCCACCAAAGCAAGGGCACUGGCAACACUGGCUUGAGUGGGGACAGCUGCAAACUCAUCCCAGGGUCAAGGGCUGGGGCAAUGCCCGAACGAGGGACUCCUGGUGAGCUGUGGACAGGCAAGGCUCACUCUGCUGCCACCACUCGUAUGAAGAGCACAUUCCAAAUUUGUUUCUGAAUUUUUUUAGAUCAUUCAACUUAGCAUUUUCCACUGAAUUCUCAGCUCGUACAGCAAGGAGAAUUACAUCCCCAAAUCCUGCGCUUUUUAAUAUAUGGAGAUGGACACCAAUUGUACUAUUUUAGCAACUCUUUUCUCAUUCACAAGUUCCAUGAGUUUGCAACUCCUUACCUUCUCUGUGUCCCAGUGGGCUUGGUAGGACCAUUCUCGUGUGCAGAAAAACUCAACCAUCUAUUCCCUGGGUUCAGGAGUUUCCUGCCAGCAAAACCAUUAUGAUUAUAUAUGCAUCCCUUACUGAAUACAUUUAAAGAUGGGCUGGUAAAGAGAAUAUAACCAGUAAAAAUAAUUUUAAAU